GUAACGUCUUUGAUCUAGUAGCCCAUUUCAAUGCAUCACCACUCGUAGGGAAUAAAGUUCGUCUUAUUAAGGCUUGAGCCAAUAUAUUAUAUGUCAUUAUCUUGAUUUUCAAUCCAUCACCAUUAUCUAUCACAUCGGGAAGGGGAAGAAGUGGUCUCUUUAUAAAGGUUUCUAUCUGCUCUACCGGUUUUGAUUCAGCUUGCUUUUGAGAUUUUUUCAAAUUCCGUAACCGUCUUUGUUCCUCUAUAUAUUCUGGAGUUAUACUGCUAGGAUCUCUUGCCUUUUUAGACUUCUUUUUGGACUUAAUCGGCUGCCCGUUGUCCAGCAAGCUAUCAUUUUCGGUUGCCAUUUGUUAGAUCUUGUUGCAACUCUAAAGUAUAGUGAAUAAAAUAUUCAGCUUAAAUAAAAAUUGCGGGCGAAAAAUUUAAAGAGACAAAUAUAUCAUUCUAAACUUUGAUCCAAUUAAGGACACUUUGCAUCAACAUAAAUAUGAAAGAUUACUACGAUAGGCUAGAUCAAUUGGGUGUGGAGGUUUAUUCACUUUUCAAUCAAUUACUUACUAUUAAUCAGAAUGUCGAUAUCACCGAUCCUAAAUUAGAGCUGAGUAAAUUGGUACGCACAACUAACAGCUUGUUAUUAACUUACAAAGAGCUAUUACAUAUCAUACAGCAUAAAACAGAUAAAAAUGAUAGAAGUGAUUUGGUCAAGUACCAAUUAUAUGAAUCGAAGUUCCAUCUGUUGAAAAACAAAUCCCAGAGUUUGCAUUUAUAUUCCAAUAACCUUAAUGAUGAAUUGAUUCACAAACAAAGAGUGAAAGAGUAUGCAUUGGCAGAAGAACCAGAGCCUGAAAGCAAAGAAGAUGAUACAGAAAGUGCUAGAGAAAAGUUAUUCUCGGGUAGAUCUAGUGCUUCAAAGAAAGCAACUGAAGAGACUGUGGGCCAACAGGUUUUAUCUCACAAUAAACAGAUCACUUCCUCGUUACAAUCAUCCAAACAGUUACUUACAGCCUCAGUGAUUCAAAGUGAAUUAAAUAUCGAGUCAUUAGAUCAACAAACCAAAGAUUUAAGAACACUUAAUGAAGAUUUCAUGAGGUUUAAUGAUUUACUUGGGAAGUCAAAACAAAUAGUGAAAUUCAUUGAAAGACAAGACAAGUCUGAUAGAAGGCGUAUAUAUAUGGGUAUUGGAUUCUUUAUGUUGUGUAUUGCCUGGGUUAUAUACAGAAGAAUUCUACGUACACCUAUUCGAUUGUUAUUCUGGUCCUUUUUCAAGAUCUUUAGAAUAUUUAAUUGGGUGUUGGUGAAAUCAAGUAAGCAAGUGGAACCUAUUGCUGUGAGCGUCGAUGCAUUUUCAUCGUUGACAGAAACAGCGACAACAGCGAUAGAAACUUUUGUGGAUCAAGUUUCAUCGCUAACGUUGUCAGAAGAAAUUGCAGAAUCUAGUAACUCGAUAUUCGUUGACGAAAUUGAAUUAACUAUUUCAGAAUUCUUAAGUGAUGAACUUUAAACCUAAGCAUUAUGUAUUCUUUUAAGUCAUUCUAUA